UGGUAGGCAGAGUCUUACAGGAGGAGGAAGAGAAGGAAAUUCAGAUUCCUGCUGCAACUCCUUGGAGACAUCCAGACAUGAAGACCCUGAUGCUGUUAGGACUUGUGCUCUUGUGUGGCCAGUUCUCACUGAGCUUGGCCCAGGAGGAAGAACAAGGCUCAAAGGUCAUCUCAGAGGUUGCUGCUAGUAUGCAGAAUAGUCUGAAAAAUGCUGUGGAAGACCUCAGCAAGCUGGACUUGAUAAAAGAACUUGAGAACACACCAGUUAUUGGAGAUGUCCUGAAGACAACGAAAAUAAUUGUUGGGAAUAUAGUUUCGUUCAACAUUAACCAUGCCCAACUCCUGAAAAUUUCCCUUCAAGAAAAUCAAGACACAGAGAGUCUCUCUCUCAGCGUGCCCUUGGAUGUCUCUCUGAGUUUGAACACACGGCUUUUUAAGACGAUUGAUGUCUCUCUAAAUGCGAAGACAUCACUUGAACUCACAACUGAAAAGGAUGAAGAUGGAGGAGCUCACUUGGUUGUUUCCAAAUGUCAGACAAGCCCUCAACUUCUUGAAAUCUCAGCCAAGAGAACGGGGCUCUUUGGGCUGGGAGUAGAAGUAUCUGAGACCGUGAGCAACCUGGCUCAGCUGACGGUCAACCAAUUAGCCUGCCCUUUGAUCACAACUGCAGUAAAAUUGGUGCCUCCAGCACUGGUAGACAGCUUGCAGAAUGUGGUACGUGGGAACGUGAGUGUUACUGUGUAAUUCUUCAUUACAUGGACAAUAACUUCCCUCCUUCCCCAAGGGUAAGCCCCUCUUGCUCUUCUUUUCCUUCUGCCUGAAGCCAUUUAAAGCCAGAGGACAACUUACUGGAUCUCGUGUCUGAUGAGAAAAAUCCUUUCCCUCUGCUGACCCUUGCCAUGGUCUCCUUGCCUGGAGUUAUUGGAGCCACUUUCCUUGCGUGAAGACUCUCUCUGGAUGGUGUGUUCCUUCCACCUGCUUUUCCUUACAAUAAACUUCCCAGUAUUUCAGCAUGA